AGCAAUUAAUAGAUUCAUUAAUAGUCUAUGUAAUUAACAAACAUUAUUAACAUGUCUGGACGUGGAUGAACAUUAUUGGCCUCAACUAUGCAAUACCAUACCUCCUUGGCAAUACAUGGGCUAAAUUUGUCAUGAUAUUGUGGCAACCUAAUGUAAAUAGUAAACAUGGCAUUCAGUGCUUCGAAUAAAGAAAUUGAAGAUGAUUAUAUCGUCCAUGACGUACCACUUAUCUUGCAAGAAGGCAAUUGGGAUUGUGGGAUUGCAAGUACAAAAAUGGUUUUGCAAUAUUUGAACUCUGGUGAUUUCGAAGAAGACAAGUUUGAAUACAUCUGCAAACAACUUGGCCUUCAUAAUAGCAUCUGGACUAUAGACAUUGCCAGUAUAUUCAGCAAGUAUGAAAUCAAACACUUAAUGUGUACACAAACAUUAGGUGUUAACCCCACAUAUGAAAAUGAAAGUUUCUACCAGCGAUCGUUUACAAGUGAAGAAAAACGAAUAAACACUUUGUUUGACCAAGCUGCUAGCAAAGGCAUUUAUAUAGAAAAAAGAUCUGUUGAAGUUGCCGAGAUACUAAAACACAUCAAAGCUGGUCAUGUGAUCAUAAUUUUGGUUGAUGCUUUCAUCUUGAAAUGCCAGGAGGUUGAGUUAUCCACAAAUUCUACUGAUUCAAAAUCAGACACAAAAGCCCAUGGAUAUCUUGAAACUACUUUUACCUUGAAUAUCUGAAUUUCUCUACCAAUUGAUCAUCCAAAAAGAAUCUGUCCAUUAUAUUAAUACAGGUCUCCCUCAAAUUAAAAAUACUUUCGGGACCAAGCUUUUGAUGGUCUUUAGCAGUUUUAGUGUCUAAUUAGAACAAUAAAGAUAAAAGACAUUUGUUGAUUUGGGACCACAGAAAAGUGGUCUUUAAUUGGAGGUCGUAUUUUAUUUUAGCCACACCCUCUUACAGUUGAAACAUAUUAAGCAAUUAGAAAUUAAGCAUAUUAUAGGAAUUGAAAUUUCCCCGGGGAAACCUGGACCCCUUUUUCUUAAGGGUUUAUCGAUUCAUAGAAUCGUAUUCAAUAGGGGAAAACAUUGAAUUUUGAUUAAAUUAAAUCAUUAAAAGACACCUCAGAAUUCGGGACACCUCAUUCAGGAAUCAAAAUUUUUGCGAGGGAGGACCCCUGGACCCCCUAUUCUUUUGGGGAUUUAUCAAUUCAUGUAAUAAGAAUACGUAUGCAAUUACUCAAUUUUUUUAUGUAUGUAUACACACAUAAGGCCUAUUUAUUGUAAUAAGAAUAAGAAAAAUUUACCUGACUGUUUUCAACUAGGUGUAGUACUAGGUGUAAAAACACAAGCCUAGUUAUUGCGGUGCAAUAUAUAACAUAUUAGGGCAAUCCAUACAAGUCGUUAAGCAAACCAUGCACUAAUUCCAAGGAAGUGUUAAUUAAUAUUAAGCAAACUUUUUCUUUGCA